UUAAAAGCUCGAAAAUGGUUCACUAUUGUUGCGUGUUCAAUUGUUAUAAUAGUUCAAACGAUACGACGCUUUCAUUUCAUGGAUUCCCAAAAGACAAAAGUCUUCAAAAGAAGUGGACGUCAAGAAUAAAGAGAGAUCCAAGUAAAGACUUCAGGAUAACACCCAGCACAAAAGUUUGCUCUUCACAUUUUUUAGAUACGGACUACAAGUUCUUAGACAGCAAAUCUAGACGACUGAAGGAAGAAGCAUGUCCCUCGAUUUUUUCSUGGUCCAAAACAGAGAGCAAUGAAAGACCUCUAUCAGUCAGAAGAGAACAACUUCAAAGGAAAAGAGAAAUGCUUAAAGAUGAAGAAACAGAAUCAGCCUCUGAAGGAGAAGGAUUUUAUGAUAUGGCUUCAGAAUCUACAGCAAAUCGUGGCAAUCAAACAGAUUUGGACAUCCCAUGUUCUCACCAACUAUCAAUAAAAAUGUUAAAAACAAGGUGCCCUACUUCCAAAAAAG